AUUUAAAAUUGGCGGGGGCGCCAGAUGGCGCCAAAAGUCCGUCAAGUUUUCCCGGGAAAAAGCAUCAGGCUGACUUUGAGUGUUUAUAAUGGUGCAAAAGACCAUUUUAUCGUUCUUCUCGGCUCCGAAGGCAAAAAAGGAGGAGCUUUCAUCUGAGGGAAGUUCACAAGGAACAAGCAAUGAAACGAUGACUUCGAAGAAGGGCAAAGAGUCACUUACCAAGAAAGUGCCACAUAAAGUACGAGUAAUUGAGAGUGACAGUGAAGAGGAGGCAGCAGAGGAGGAAGUUGCUUCUAUAAGUUCUCCACACAAGUCCGAUGAGGAGAAGGAAAACAAGACAAAAAGACCACAAAAUGCUCUGAGUAAGGGGAAGGAAAAAAUUGCCAAGGGUAAGAAUGGAAAGAAGUCUGUUGGCAGGCCACAGAUGAAAAAAGAUACUACCCCAGAACAGAAGACUGAUAAAGAAGAUAUAAAAAAAUCUAAAAGGAAUCAAACCACAAAAAAAUCAAUAACAAAAGUGCCCAAGGAAAGAAAAUCCCAAAAAGAUUGUCCACCAUCGAAAAAAAGGAAAAGUACCGGCACAGAUGAAAAUGAGGAAGGUAACAGAGAGGAAAAAAUGAAGACAGACGCAGGUGGAGAUGGGGAAGAAGACCUUGAGGCAGAUUCCAAUGAUGAUGAUACAUUUGUUGCAGAAAAGGAUUCAGAAGUAGAAAGUCUUAAUGAAACAUUGGAGACAGAAGAUGUAGAUGGAGAUUCAGCAGAUGAUAAGGUACGUGAAAGUAAUAAAGACCACUUGACAAAAAAAGAUGGGAAUAAGGUUAAGAUAGAAGAUAAACUUGCAAAAUUUAAGAAAACAUGUGAAAAUAUAAAAGAGACUACACCAGAGAAGAGUGAAAAUAAAGAUGAGGAAGAUGGGGAUGAUGAAAAGGCUGAUAAGAAGACGUGUAAAGGUAAAAAAGAUCUUACACCAAAAAAAGAUAAAAGCAGGGAUAAGGAAGAUGGCGAUAAAGAUGCAAAGAUUGAUAAGGAAGCACCUGAAGGUAAAGAAGGUCAUAAAACAGGGAAAGGUGAAAAUAAAGAGAAGGAAGCUAAAACAAAAACAAGUUUCGGAGAAACGAACCUCGCAUCCCCAAAUAAAUCAUCGACCUUGUCACAGAGAAGUUCACCUGGCUUUACACCUGACACUGUCCCACCUAUAAGAAAGACUGCUCGUAAGCAAUUGAAACGUAAAAGUGACAGCCUUGAAAGCAAGCAAAUGAGUAUAAUAAAGAAGUUAAAAGGGGAAGAUGAUGGUGACAUUGCAUCAAAGACCAGUAAUGAAGAUGAUAUUAAACCAAAAGAUGAAGAUGUGGAGAGUGUGAAGGAUGAAGAGAGAGAAAUGACAGAUGAUGCUGACAGCCUUGAAAGUGAGGAAAAAUGUUUGGUGAAGGAAGAUGAAGAUGGUGUCAGAUCAGAAACAGUAAUGAUGGGGAGUUUGAAGAAUGAAGUAAAAAAGGAGAAGACAGAAGAUAAAGAGGAGCCAAUGGAGGUUGACAGUAAUGACAGCAAGAAUGAAGACCAAAGUUCAGCCUCCAGCAGACCCAAGCCAAUGGCUAUACACAGCUUUUUCUCUCCCAGAUCAACAGCAACUCCAAAGAAAUCUGCCACAUAUACCAAAAACUCUCCAAAGGGAAAGAAGGUGUCUCCAUCCAAGGAAUCUUCUAAUUUGCUUAAGAAAGCUGGGCCAAGUAGUGCAUCUUCACCCUCAAAGAACCGUAUAGACGAAAACACAUCAGAAGAGGAACACGAUUCCUCUCCACAGAAGAGAGAUCGAUCCCACAAGAAUGAGUCGCCCCUAAAGAGCAAUUCUUCAGAGAAGUCUGAGAAAAAAAAUAUCAUAAAUCCCUUUGCUCCUAAAAUUUCUGGCACUGGUGAUGUGGGUGCCAGCUAUAACCCAGGCAAGAGUAAAUAUCACCCAAUCAAAGAUGCUUUCUGGAGCAGACUAGAAAAAGUCCCAUAUCUUGCUUUAGCGAAGACGAUGGAGAUUAUAGAGAACACCAGUGGGAGACUUAAGACCAUUGAGAUUCUGGCCAAUUUCUUUCGUUCGGUGAUAAUCUUAACUCCCGAUGAUCUCUUGCUGUGUGUGUACCUGUGUCUCAACAAAGUUGCCCCAUCAUUUGAAGGUAUUGAGUUGGGCAUAGGAGAAACGAUAUUAAUGCGUGCCAUAGCUCAGGCAUCAGGAAGAACUGUGGAAAAGAUCAAACAAGAUGCUGAACAGAAGGGAGACUUAGGAAUUGUAGCCGAGCAUUCGAGAUCCAACCAGAGGAUAAUGUUCCAGCCCGCCAAGCUCACUGUCCGAGGGGUGUUCGACAAACUGAAGGAGAUUGCUCUCAUGACUGGCAAUGCUUCACAAAAUAAGAAAAUAGAUAAGAUAAAAGGAAUGUUUGUAGCUUGUCGGUUUUCCGAAGCACGAUACCUCAUUCGUUCCCUGGGUGGGAAGUUGCGUAUUGGUCUGGCUGAGCAGUCAGUGCUUCAGGCUGUAGCUCAGGCUUGCUUCCUCACCCCGCCAGGCCAGGAGUAUCCCCCAGAGGUUAUUGAUGCUGGUGAGGGCAUUUCUGCUGAUAAGUUGAAGGCAAAGAUUGACAACUAUGGGUUGAUUCUAAAGACAACCUAUUGUGAGUUUCCUUCAUAUGAUAAAAUCAUUCCGGUGAUUCUAAGCGAAGGCCUCGAGGAGCUCCCUAACCACUGUCGCUUGACACCAGGCAUCCCACUGAAGCCCAUGUUAGCGCACCCUACCUCAGGGGUGUCGGAAGUUUUGAAACGCUUUGAAAAGGCCAAGUUCACAUGCGAAUUCAAGUAUGAUGGAGAAAGGGCUCAGAUCCAUUUAAAGGAGGAUGGUACUAUAAAUAUUUACAGCAGGAACCAGGAAGACAACACCAGCAAGUAUCCUGACAUUAUUGCCCGCCUCAAGAGUGCAGUUGGAGAUGAAGUAAAAUCUUGUGUGAUUGACUCAGAAGCUGUAGCUUGGGACCGGGAGAAAAAACAGAUCCUUCCCUUCCAAGUUCUAAGCACUCGAAAAAGAAAAGAUGUUAAUGAAAGUGACAUCAAGGUACAAGUUUGUCUGUUUCCUUUUGACUUACUCUACCUGAAUGGCGAAGCUCUAGUGCGUGAACCUUUUGAGCGUCGUAGAGCUCUUUUACGUGAAAACUUCAAGGAAGUUGAAGGAGAGUUUGUGUUUGCCAAAAGCAUGGAUUCAACCAACACUGAAGACAUAGAAGAAUUCCUGGAGGAAUCUAUUAAAGGAAACUGUGAAGGUCUCAUGGUGAAGACCCUGGAGGUGGAUGCCACGUAUGAGAUCGCAAAACGCUCGCAUAACUGGCUCAAGCUGAAAAAGGACUACCUUGAUGGGGUGGGAGAUACAAUAGAUGUUGUAGUGAUUGGUGGCUACAUGGGAAGAGGCAAACGCGGAGGCCAUUAUGGCGGCUUCCUCUUAGCUUGUUAUGACCCAGAUAAUGAGGAAUAUCAGACACUUUGUAAGAUUGGGACUGGUUUCUCGGAUGAAGAUUUGCUGACUCAUUCUACUUUCUUCAAAUGUCAUGUUAUAGAGAAACCAAAGUCUUACUAUAGAUACGACAAUAGCAUCGCUCCAGACAAUUGGUUUGAACCUGUGCAAGUGUGGGAGAUAAAGUGUGCUGACCUCUCCAUAUCGCCAGUACACAAGGCUGCCGCAGGGGUUGUUGAUCCAGAAAGGGGCAUCUCUCUUAGAUUCCCCAGAUUUUUACGUAUUAGGGAAGACAAGACACCAGAGGAUGCUACAAGUUCAGCCCAGAUUGCUGAUCUUUAUAAUAGCCAAGAACAGAUAAAGAAUAAAAAGACUUCAGGAAAAGCAGUUGAAGAAGACUUUUAUUAACUACACUGCUUUAAGUAGAUCUACAUUUAGUUAAGACACAACACAACAAUAAAGAAAAGCCAAGGCAGUCGUACCUGCAUAUAGACAUUUGUUUACUUAUACACUGUAUAUAUAUAUAUAUUUGAAGUAUGCUGUGGUGAAUGCUGUGUGUUUGUAUGUUGUUGGUUUAAGGAAGAAUACUUGUAAAUACUUUCAUUUGUAAGGCUAGUACAAUGAUAUUAUAAUCAAAGACACAAGAAUUAUAGAUUAUUAUUAACUGUGAUUUUUAAUUUUUGAUAUAUGGCAUUUAGGAAUUACCCACUAACAUAAUUUUAAAUAAAAACUACAUCGCCAUGUUGGGCGAGUAAGAGUAUAAUUAAUAAAUAACCUUUAAUGUUGCCUGCACCAAAUUUGUUUUAUGUCCAUUGUAUUCAGAAAAGUG